UUUGUUUACAAAAUCCAAAUCAUCGUAGUUUUGCUACGAUGGCAGGCCGCUUCCCCCCGCAGCAACCGCAGAUGCAAGACCCAGCCAAUACCAGCGGGACUGCCACGCCUUCGAUAACGAGGGCUUCUCCGUUUGCGUCCGGGUAGAUUCUUCUUCGCUACUGUGCUACGCCAACGUGCCGCUGUUCUCACUUGUCCACUGUGAUAAUCUCUGUACAUGUAUUAUACCUCAGUCCUGUAGCGAUGGUGAAUCAGGUUCGGCCUGGGUUUGGCGGGCCUGGGCAAUUUCCUGGUCACGCAGUGCGCACUGCUCCAACACAAUUGUCCACGCCCCUCGUUCCGCAGCGUCAUUUAUCGGCGUCGAUGGCCAGCACUUCAUCCGAUCCGUCGCCGUCACUUUUUGGCGACAGACCUAUUGCCCAGCAAGAUACAGCCAGUGAUUUAUUUGGACAAACCGCACCGCCACCAGCGCAAUCUGCAGCCGACCUCUUUGGACAAACCUCGCCCGCGCCUUCACAACGGUAUCGAUCCAGCACCGACCCGUUUGGCAGCCCUUCUGGAUCAUUCCAGAUGCAGCACGGGCCCAAUGAAGUACCAAGCGGAGGUGGUGGAACAUUGUCUGAAGAGUUAUUCGGUCCGGCUUCUGCGCCAAGGCAAUCAAGCCAGCAAGACAACUACGAGAGCUUGUUCCGCAGCCCAGAAAAAGCGUCGACAUCAACUGCCCCUCAUCUAUCGCGGCAUUCGUCGCUGAAUUCUUCUCAGAGCCCGACACCCUCGCCAUUUAGCAAGUCCCUUCCUCCUCCAUCCCACCCUCGUGCUAACCAGCAACACUCCCUGUACCAACAGCAACAACAGCAACAGCAACAGCAACAGUCGUCCUCACGGUCAUUUGGACAAGCACCGCCUCCUGCUGCACCAUUUUUGGGCUAUGCAGACAACACCCGGUCGCAAUCUUUCCGUGUUCCUCCUGCACAAGCACCUACGCCAGGAUCGCUGUUCCCUGACGCACGAAGGAUCCCCUCCCCGUCAAGAUCAGUUCCCUCUGCAUCACCGGCACCUCCUCCGACAUCCCCUCAAAUUACGGUUGACGCUCCAUCUUCAGACGCACUUGUCGAUGAGUUUUUGAAAAUGCCAGUUGACGAGCGUUUUGCAGAAUCUGAGAAUGCCACCCCUCCCGCUAGCAAGUUGCUUCUUGCAGAUAUCCCAGACACGGUUGAAGGGCUGAAAGCGUUGUAUGCACAGAAGCGGUGGAAAUCUUUGACGAAAAAAUCCCUGUCAAUGCUGCAGAACCCGCCAAAAGAUAUUAAUGUGACGCUGGAGAUCAAGUCCUGGUGGCUUGCCGGACUCAUUAAGGAAGGACACUACGACAAUGCGGCAAGUGUGCUGGACCAAAUCGGUGAUCUUGACGAAAUAUCUGUGGUAGGGGGCACUCCUUUUGUACCAAUUCGUCUGCUUCUCCUUCAAGCGUUACUGAGCAAGUGUCAAGGAAAGUCUGCGAGCCACGAAAAGCAGUUAUUUCACCUGAUAACGCGGCUGAGAGGCGCAAUUCAGCAGAACGAGACGAUUGCUCUCCUGGAUGUUGAUCUGAAAGUAGCCGCGCAAUGGCUACGAAUCGCACAGUUUGCACUUGCGAACCACCUCGUGCACCAGCAAAAGUUCAUGCUGGCUUUGCGUAUCUGCUCUCACAUUGAUGUUAAAUUCUUGGAGGAUGCAGAAAGAGUUGUUGUGCUGUCCCGCGUGGGGCGUAUCCGUCUACAGAUGGGCGACCUGACAGCAGCAGAAAAGUUGUUCGAAGCCGCUCGCUAUCACACUAGUCAGCUAAAGACGGGGAGUGGCAAUGGCGCCGGUGUAACGGCGGAAGUGCUGGCAGAGCUGGAAGCACGUGUGCUAUUAAACGACGGUCUGCUAUUCUUCGCACAGAACAAGCUGCAGGAAGCGCUGAGUGCGUUUGAUUCCAUUCUGUAUAUGCAGAAUGCACAAAGCGCGACUGCCGAGAACUCCGAUGCGGAGCUUUUCCUCGAGGAAGAUGUCGUUUGCUCGGCAGUCAACAACUACGCAAUCUGUGCGCUUUACUGUUGCGACGUCAAGGCGGCCGUGGCUGCGCUGGAACGGAUGAUCAGGUCAAACCCAAAGCGGUUCCUCAACGGCGUGGUUGUGUUCAAUCUCAGCUCGCUCUACGAUCUUUUGUUUGACAACGCCACAAGCAAGAGCCGAAAAGAAAUGAUGAAGAAGAUCGCUCACCUGUACGACCUCGAGCAUGUUGAUCCCGCUACAUACCGCAUUUAAUGAAGGUGAUUUUCACACUUCAUGUUUUUUGCUUUUUUGUCGCUUCACGGUUGUCUUCACUACCAGAAGCUCCUUCCUCUCCCCCUUCGUCAUCGCCGAAGUGAAGAUGACCACCGCCCACCGCUCGUUUUCGGC